CUGAGCGUUUGGCAGUAUCGGAAUGCCACUUUGUGGGUAGUAUCAACAUGGCGUAUGGCGCGGUAUAAUCGACCUCCGCCCCCUUAGCUUACCACAGCUAGUAAGGUUGCCAUGAGCGUCCGCUAUCUCAACCGGUACUGGAGUACAACCUUUGACCUUGUCGUAUCGGCACACAAACUCGGAAGCAAAAUGUCCGUCCAGAGCCCAAACUUCUCCACCCCACCCUCCGACAAGAACACUCCCACGCAAGACCGCGGCCUCUUCCACCACGAAGCCCAGAAACACGAGAGCCAUCAUUACCUGCGCAUGUAUGGCGGGAAGGUGUUGGAUGCGGCUAUGUGGGGGUUCGGUGCGACGUUAGGGGCGGAUGUUGCGAAUGAGGUUUUUGGGGAUGCGAAGAACCAGAUGCAGGAGUGGUGGCGGCAUUGACGCCACGAUGACGACUGGACGGAGCGAGUGUUGAGUGGCGGGCAAUGUGCGAGACUGCACAACUGCGACGUCCAGCAUAGCAUUAUGAGGCAUGAUAGAUGGAGUUCACGACAUACCAGCGGGCGACCAAACGUGAUAUAUCGUCAACACUCACCACGCUGCAUGUUCACCAUGCGGAAAACUUCC